ACAGAAAAUUGAAAUGAAUACUAUCCUCAUUCAAUCAAUGCUACCACCUUGCUUGCCUUUCCCAAGCCCCGCCUGUCUCUUCCCUCCCUAUAAAACCCUCUCAUCUCCAGAAAUCUCUCUCACCCUUUUCUCGCCCACCACACACCUCAAACCAGCGUCGGUAACUAGGAUAAUAAAACCCACCAAGACCACUGGCAUUUGCCGAGUAGCACGCAGAGAGAUCCCGGAUAGUACCUAUCUCGCUUUGUAUUCUUCGCCUGCUUGGUUGUCGCCGUCCGUUAAGAUGGUCGUUGUCGAUCAGUACUCUCUUGGAACUCUCUUUGCCUCUCUCUUCGCCUUUGCUCUUCUUCUAUGCGGUCUGCAGUAUAAUAUUAGGAAGAAGAAGGUCAAGGACCCGAAAGCAUUCCAGAACCAUACCCAGAGCUAUCAAAGCUCUGACACUCCGGAUACCAGCGCCGGUACUGACGUGAUCAUCGUUGGUGCAGGUGUGGCUGGUGCCGCGCUUGCUCAUACUCUUGGCAAGGAAGGGAGACGUGUUCAUGUAAUAGAAAGAGACUUGACUGAGCCAGAUAGAAUUGUUGGUGAACUGCUUCAGCCAGGGGGAUACCUUAAAUUGAUUGAGUUGGGCCUUGAAGAUUGUGUUGAGGGAAUUGAUGCCCAGCGAGUGCUUGGAUAUGCUCUCAUCAGGGAUGGGAAAAAUACUAGACUGCCAUAUCCCUUGGAAAACUUUCAUUCAGAUGUUGCUGGGAGGAGUUUCCAUAACGGUCGUUUCAUUCAGAGGCUGAGGGAAAAAGCUGCAACUCUUCCCAACGUGCAACUAGAGCAAGGAACAGUCACGUCCCUACUUGAAGAAAAUGGAACAAUCAAGGGGGUUCAUUACAAAACUAAGGAUGGCCAAGAAAGAAGAGCUUAUGCUCCUCUAACAAUUGUGUGCGAUGGCUGCUUCUCAAAUCUCCGCCGCUCUCUUUGUAAUCCUAAGGUAGAUGUACCCUCUUGUUUUGUUGGCUUGAUCUUAGAGGACUGUGAACUCCCAUUUGCAAAUCAUGGGCAUGUUAUUCUAGCAGAUCCUUCACCCAUCUUGUUUUAUCCAAUCAGUAGUACAGAAGUCCGCUGCCUUGUUGAUGUCCCUGGCCAGAAAAUACCUUCAAUUGCUAAUGGUGAAAUGGCCAAUUAUUUGAAGACAAGGGUGGCACCACAGGUUCCACCUGAGCUUCAUGCCGCCUUCAUAUCUGCAAUUGAUAAAGGCAACAUUAGAAGCAUGCCAAAUAGAAGCAUGCCAGCUGAUCCCCAUCCUACUCCUGGAGCCCUUCUAAUGGGUGAUGCCUUCAAUAUGCGUCAUCCUUUAACUGGCGGUGGAAUGACUGUGGCCCUGUCUGAUAUUGUUGUUCUAAGAGGUCUUCUUAGGCCUCUGCAUGACCUUAAUGAUGCAGCUUCCCUGAGCAAAUAUCUUGAAUCAUUUUACACAUUGCGUAAGCCUGUUGCAUCCACAAUAAAUACCCUGGCUGGUGCCCUAUACAAGGUGUUUUCUUCUUCUCCUGAUCAAGCAGGGAAGGAAAUGCGCCAAGCCUGUUUUGACUACUUGAGCCUUGGAGGUAUCUUUUCAUCAGGACCAGUGGCUUUACUUUCUGGUCUAAAUCCUCGUCCGAUCAGUUUAGUUCUUCAUUUCUUUGCUGUGGCAAUAUAUGGAGUUGGCUGCCUGCUAGUACCAUUUCCUUCGCUUAAACGAAUAUGGAUUGGAGCCAGGUUAAUAUCGGGUGCAUCUAGUAUUAUUUUCCCCAUAAUCAGGGCAGAGGGAGUGAGGCAGAUGUUUUUCCCUGCCACAGUUCCAGCAGUAUAUAGAGCUCCUCCUGUUAAUUGAUAUGUUCCAUCGAGGUACUUUCAGAGUUUGUAGCUCAACCUAAGAAAAGACUCUGGAUGCAUCCUCUUUGCUUAGACUGAUGAGUUCAUAUUAAAUGCGUAGUUCGUCGAAGGAGAUCUUGUACACGUUGUAGGAUUGAGAAUUGAGAUAAGUGGAAACUGCUCUUUAAUUGUAUGAACAACUAUCCCACCGAACUUCUGGAAUAUAAAUAGAACUUAAUAAACUUGUGUCCAUUUA